UUAUUGAGGAGGUAGAAAUGGUUGAUGAUGUAAAAAUGUAUAUCUUUUCUUGACAUGGUUUUUACUUUCUUUGCUAUUGACAAUGUUUUGUUGAUAAUCUGUUUUGAAAUUUUACCCUUUUAGAUAGAGGUUAAUUUAGUGUUGGAGUAGUGAAAUGGAUUAUGUUUUGUUGAUUGAUAGAGAAAUUUGAAGCAUCUUAUGGUGCAAAGUGGGGUUUUUGUAGUGGAAACUUACUUUUCUUUGCUAUAAAGAUUUUGGAACUAGGAUUUUGGUUGAUUGGCCAAGGAGGCAGAAAUGGUUGGUGAAAAUAAAGGAAAGAGCGAUGGUGCUAAUGUUGCACCGGGUUUGUUGGCUGAAAAUGGUCGAACUGUAAAGAAAUUGAAGGGUCACCUAGUUGAAGACAAGGAUGGUGAUACAAACCUUGAUGGUUCAUCAGAUGUUGUUAGUCGGACCUACAAGAGGCGGAAGCGUACGGAAGUGGUAGAAGAUGGCCUUGUGGUGGGGCACUCUGCUGGUCAAAGUACUAACAAGUCGAUGAAUGAACCACUAGAUACAGCUCUUAACAAAAGUUCUUGCACGCAAGCUAGUGUAGCUCAUAUGGAACCACAUGGUCUUCUGAAUGAUUCCAGUGAUUUGCUUGUUAGAAAUAGGAAGGGUGCUGCUCUGAAGCAGAUGCUUCAAUCAUUAGAGAGUGAUGGUGGUUUGACAGGAUGUAUUCAAGAGGCACUGACAUCACAUUCAGAAGCCAGUUGUGCUGUUGAAGCUAAGGAAUCUGGAAAAUGUUGUGAAGAUGGGAACCGAGGUUCUCUGCCAUCACAGUCUGUAUCUCAUGGAAUCCAGAAUGGAACAAAAGCAGUGCCUAAUGGAUCAGUGGAUGAGCCAAAAAAUCAAACAGUGACAGAGUUCUCUGUUUGCGCUUUGGUUUCAGGAAAGCAGCCAUGA